UUUAGGAAACGUCACUUCCGCCGGUCGUCACGCUCUUCAGUAGUAUGUUAGCUUCUGUAGAGUUUGCCGGCUCUGCUGUCUGUCUUCAAACACACACUCAGUCUGGCUUUUAAACUCGAUGAACACCUCUGAUGAAGUAGUAUCGAUAUGAGCCCGAGUUCCUCUCUCUGACACAAAUGGAGAAUUCAGACACCAGUCCAUCAUCAGGGUCCCUGGCAGUGCCCGACAGAGGCAUGGUGCGACCUUCAGCCCCCUCUGGUCAGAUGUCGGAGUCAGCGAGGCCCUCCAAGCACAGGGAGCACCUGUCCAAGUCACCAAGGAGACGGCGAAAGGGGACGAAGUCGCAGCGACGGGGGGGUUGUCAUGAACAGCUGCUGUGGGAGAUCGAGCGGCGGAGGUUGCCAGGCCAACACGAGCACUUGGAGCCCUCUGGCUCAGCGAGCGACACAGCGGAAAGCUCUCCUAAGAGGAGAGCCCACUUUCUACAUGGACCAUAUCCAGCCACUCACUUCGGACCCAAAGCCUGUAUUCUUCCCAACCCAACUUCAGUCAUGCACAUUCAGGAUCCAGCCAGCCAGCGGCUCACCUGGAACAAACCUCCCGUCAACGUGCUCGUCAUCAGGAAAAUCAGAGACGAAAGCCUCGUUGAGCCUUUCAAGGAGCUCUGCAGGUUUCUAGUGGAGGAGAAACAGAUGAUGGUGUAUGUGGAGCGCAGGGUAGCAGAUGAUGCUACGCUGUCAAAGGACGAGGCGUUCGGCUCCAUUCGCAAUCAGCUCUGCACCUUCAGAGAGGGUUAUGAUGACAUCUCUGACUGCAUAGACCUGAUCAUCUGUCUGGGAGGAGAUGGGACUCUUCUUUACGCCUCCUCUCUCUUCCAGGGCAGCGUUCCUCCGGUCAUGGCGUUUCACCUCGGCUCUCUGGGUUUCCUCACGCCUUUCAAAUUUGAGUCAUACAAGACUGAAGUAGCCAAAGUGUUUGAAGGAAACGCAGCCAUCACUCUGCGCAGUCGUCUGAAGGUGAAGGUGGUGAAGGACAUGCUACAGAGAGCAGGCCAGGAGCUGCACAGCCGAGAGACGACGCAGCAGCAGCAGCAACAACAACAACAACAACAGCAACAGCAGGAGCACAACGGACUCCUGCCUCACGGACACACCAACAGUGAAGCUGGCAAGGUCACCCUGCAGCUACAGGUGUUGAACGAGGUGGUGGUGGACCGAGGCCCGUCCUCCUACCUGUCCAAUGUGGACUUGUACCUCGAUGGGCGACUCAUCACCUCAGUCCAGGGAGACGGUGUGAUUGUGUCCACACCGACAGGCAGCACGGCGUACGCGGCCGCAGCAGGAGCCUCCAUGAUUCACCCCAACGUACCUGCCAUCAUGGUCACCCCCAUCUGCCCACACUCCCUGUCCUUCAGGCCCAUCGUGGUGCCUGCUGGGGUGGAGCUCAUGAUCACCUUGUCUCCUGAUGCCAGGAACACCGCCUGGGUGUCAUUUGAUGGCAGGAAGAGACAGGAGAUCCAAUAUGGAGACUGCAUCAAGAUCACUACGUCCUGUUACCCGGUCCCCUCCAUCUGUUGCCACGACCUGGUGUACGACUGGUUCGAGAGCCUCGCUCAGUGUUUGCACUGGAACGUACGCAAGAGGCAGGAGCGACUGGCCGACGUCUCCGACUCGUCAGACACAGAGAACUGAAUCAUCGAAGGUUUUUACUGGCCUGUGUUCAGUCGGCGCUCUCCGCAGCGAGGGGGGUGUGCGUCACCCCGCACACAUUUUCACGGCUGAAACUCUGAACUGUGUGAGAGGGAGCAUGUUUGUCAGCAGCCAAAGUAGUUACAUUAGUCCUAUGAAUAGCAUGUUCGAUGAAGCAUACUGUGUAUACGGUGUUUUCUACAGAGUCACACGUGUGAGUGAGCGUUACAUUCCAGCACAGUCUGUAAUUUAUCUGUAGCUUACAGGGAGAAAGCAUGAUUCUCACCUAGAAAUGACAAAACACUACUGCAGUUACUUAAAAUUGUGACAAUAUAUAAAUAAUCUGUCGUGUUUGGAUGUGAUGAUCAGUGUGUGAACUCUCAGUCAGACACUCGAGGAGGGUGUAGAUAGAAAAACAAAGAUAAAUUAGGAACUAUGAAUGUAAAUGUGUACAUACAGGAUUCUAAGAUAAAUUUAUUUAACGUAGUGUUUAUGUGAUAUUUAUAUAUUUUCCAAGAUGGGAGCUUAAAAAGACUGAAUUUAUAUUUCUGAUUUAGCUUCUUGUGUUCUGUACAAACAUAUCGUCCGAUCCAGAGCCGACUGUCUGCGCGUCCGAACAGCAGCUGUGAAGGAUUCUUUUCAUUUCUUCAGUUGCUUUGAUAACUUUUCUGCACAAGUUAAAUAUAUGAAGUCAGAUAGCAUGUCGUAGAACAAAAGAAAACUAGGAUUCAUUUGUUGUUUUUCAUGAUAAUGAAACUGUGAAACUGUCAAAGUCUGGAGAUAAAAAUAAAGUUUAAACACUGGCAAACUUUGUUUGA